UCUGGCAGAGACCGUGUCCUCAAUACGGGUGGAGGAACCGAUGACUGGAAGUUCGUGGAAACAGUCAAAUCAAGACAGUAGCGAUAGCAGAGUGAUAAGGAGGCCGACUGACUGCCAGUGAGCGGGCUACUGGAGCGAAUUGACGAGACCAGCAGCACCGGGCCUCGCUCGCGUUUGACGAGCGCGGUGCUUCCGUGGCCGUCAUCUGGACAGGUCGCGUGCGGGGGACGUUGUGAGCCGGCGACGCGAUGGCAGCCAGCGCCGGCCUGCGCCUACCGCCGCUGCCCACCAUCGGCGAGAUCAUCCGCGUGUACAAUCUGCGCGCGCAGAAGCAGCUCUCGCAGAACUUCCUGCUCAACCAGCGCCUGUCCGACAAGAUCGUGCGGCAGUCGGGCUCGCUGCGCGACGCCUACGUGUGCGAGGUGGGUCCCGGCCCGGGCAGCCUCACCCGCGCCAUCCUGGAGCGUGGCGCCGCCCGCGUCCUGGCCAUCGAGAAGGACCCUCGCUUCCUGCCCAGCCUGCGGCUGCUGUCGGAGGCGGCUCCCGGGCGGAUGGAGGUGGUGUUGGGGGACAUCCUCACAUACCCCCUGGACAACUCCUUCCCAGAGUCCCUGAGACGCAGAUGGGAUGAGGAUCCUCCCAACAUCCACAUCAUCGGCAACCUGCCCUUCAGCGUCUCCACCGCGCUCGUCAUCGAUUGGCUCGAGUGCAUGGCCAAUCGCAGCGGGCCCUUCUCCUACGGCAGGACCCGACUCACGCUCACCUUCCAGAAAGAGGUGGCCGAGCGGCUGGUGGCGAGCGUGCACAGCAGCCAGCGCUGCCGCCUGUCGGUGAUGGCGCAGAGCCUGAGCUCGGUGAAGCUGCGCUUCGUCAUCCCUGGCAGCGCGUUCGUCCCCGCGCCCAAGGUGGACGUGGGGGUGGUGACACUGGAGCCGCUGGUGACCCCGCGGAUCCAGCAGCCGUUCCCACUCGUGGAGAAGGUCGUGCGCAACCUCUUCCAGUUCCGCAGGAAGUACUGCCUGCGUGGCAUCGAGCUGCUGUUCCCGCAGGCGGAGCGCCUGUCGCUGUCCCAGCGCGUGCUGUGCGAGGGGGACGUGAGCCCGGUGCAGAGGCCCGCGGAGCUGAGCGUGCGCAGCGUGGGGCGGCUCUGCGGCGCCUACGCCGCCCUCUGCCUGGAGCGUCCCUCGCUCGUGGCCUACGACUACCGCCUGGAGCUGCGGGACGCGCGGCGGCGAUCGCUAGCGCGCCGCCGCGGGGGGUUGGAGGGGGGAGGAGAGGAGGAGGAGGGGGAGGAGGAGGACAGGAAGAGGAAGGAUGCAGAUGACGGCAGCAGCGUGAACAGUGGUAGCAGUAGUAGUUGAAGCAACAGCAGGAGUGGUAACAACAGUGGUAGCAGUUGAAGCAGCAACAGCAGCAGCGGUAGUUGAAGCAACAACAGCAGCAGCAGCUUCCAAGAGGAGCAGGAGCAUCACAGGCAGCAGCGUCAGUAGUAGCCAUCGCAAUAGCAACAGCAGCAGAUGGAGCAGCAGCUUCCAACAGGAGCAGCAGCAGCAAUAACACGGAUAGCAUCAGCAGCAGUAGCCAUAGCAACAGCAGCAGCAACAGCAGUGGUGGCAGCAGCAUUAAUGGCACCAGCUGCAAUAACGGAAUCAGCAGUGGCGAAGACAACUUAAUUUGAAUAGGUCGGGUGAUUGUGGUCAUCAUCACCAUUAAAGAUAAAGAUCCCCUGUAUAGCCUUAACUUACUGUUGGGGCAAGUGCUGUCAGCGGGUAGCACCUGUAAAAGGCCGCCACGGCACACGAGGAGGUGGGUGGCCAGCACCACGCCCGACCGUUUUCCCAGUGGCGAUGUUUACACAACGCACCAGCUACUGAUUUGAGGCUGAGUCGACCUAGGGGGAUGCCCAGGACCGGUUCAGAUAAUCGCUAUCACUGGUGUUGGCCUUGAGCGGAAAUCAAACCCGGGCCGCCGGGUUCGUAAGCGCAGCACGCUCACCGCUACACUACCGCUCUCCAUCACCACCACCACUGUCAUCACCGCGACCACCAUCAUCAACACCACCACCACUACUACCAUCAUCACCAGCCACCAACAUUAUUAUCACUAUCAUCACCACCAUCAACAGCGCGACAAAAAUAUAAAAUCAGCUUUAAUCGGUGUAUGUUUUGUACAUGUAUGUAGAUAUUAAAGCCUGUAUUUACAUCAA